UUGCAUUGGAUGCCAUGCACCACACACAUAUACAUUAAAAAUCUAAAGAUUAUUAUUGUGACAUCAUAAUGAUGAGGUGUUUUACUCUCUUGUUGCUUCUUCUUCUUCUUGUUGAUACUCCAUCUUCCACUUGUUCAACGGUGUUGCCACUAUGCAACCACCAUGACAACUCAAACCUGCUCCAAUUCAAGAACUCAUUUUCCAUCAAACCUUCAUUGUACGCUGAUUGGGAGUGCUCCUCUUCUUAUUCCAACAGCAACAAGACAGCGUCGUGGAACAAUGGUACGGAUUGUUGCGAGUGGGAUGGUGUCACGUGCGAUACCACAUCAGGUCACGUGAUUGGGCUUGACCUGAGUUGCAGCAUGCUUCAAGGCCAGUUUCAUCCCAACAGCACACUCUUCCAUCUGACGCAUCUUCAACAACUCAACCUUGCCUUCAAUAACUUCUCCAACUCUCGAAUAUAUCCUGGAAUUGGUAAUCUUGUGAGUCUCACCCAUCUCAAUCUAUCAUCCUCAUCAUUUGGCAGUCAUAUUCCGUCCACAAUCUCACACUUGUCUAAAUUACUCUCACUUGAUCUCUCGUAUAAUGAUGAACUGACACUUGAUGAAUCCACAUGGAGCAGAUUCAUUGGUAACACCACUAACUUGAAAGAGCUACUUCUAGAUGAGGUAGACAUGUCUUCUAUCAGAGAAACUUCAUUGUCUUUGUUGAUGAAUUUGUCAUCCUCUUUGUUGAUUCUGAGUCUUGAUGACACUGGAUUGCAUGGAAAAUUUCCAACUCGUAUACUUGGUUUAACUAAUCUUGAAGAACUAAGUUUGUUUGGCAAUGAAGAACUGAAGGUUGAACUUCCAAAGUCCAAUUGGAGCACUCCUCUAAGGAUCUUGGACCUCUCUUGGACAGCUUUCUCGGGAGAAAUACCUGAUUCCAUUUCCCAUUUGAAGUCUCUUAACCAACUAUGGCUAGAGUCUUGCCAAUUUGAUGGAUUAAUUCCUGUGUCUUUGUGGAACCUCACUCAACUAACAGACUUGGGCCUUUCAGAUAAUAAACUUCAUGGUGAGAUUCCAUCUUUGCUUUCAAACCUCAAACAUCUCACCUACUUAGAUCUUAAUGAUAAUGCGUUCAGAGGUCACAUCCCAGAUGUGUUCGACAACUUCACUAAAUUGGAUUAUUUGGAUCUUUCUUCUAACAGUCUAGGAGGCCAACUGCCAUCAUCAUUAUUUGAUCUAACUCAACUUUCUUACUUAGAUAUGUCUUCUAAUCAACUAAUCGGCCCAAUUCCAAGCAAACAUGCCACACUUUCAAAACUAGAAACACUAGAUUUGGGUAAUAACUCUAUAAAUGGGACAAUUCCAGACUGGUGCUAUUCUUUAUCUUCGUUGACAAUGCUAGAUCUUAGCAUGAACCAACUCACAGGGCCAAUUAGCAAAUUCUCCACUUAUUCAUUGGAAUAUUUAUCUCUCUCUGAUAACAAAUUUCAAGGUGAUUUUCCAAAUUCGAUCUUUGAAUUUCUAAAAAAUCUCACUGAUUUGAAUAUGUCAUCAAAUGACUUGAGUGGUCUUGUGGACUUUUUUCAUUUUUCAAAAUUGAAAAAUUUAAAAUUUCUUGAUUUUUCUAACAAUAAAUUUCUUUCUGUUGAUAUUAAUAGCAGUGUCGACUAUGUCUUACCCAAACUUAAAAGAUUAUUGUUCUCUUCUUGUAAUAUUACUGUCUUUCCUCCAUUCCUAACAAAACCACAAAAGCUAAGAAGUUUAGAUCUUUCUAACAAUAAAAUCUAUGGAAAGAUUCCCAAUUGGUUCAAUGAUAACCUCUUGCACACAUGGAAGAGCAUGUACUAUAUUGAUCUCAGUUUUAACAAUCUGCAAGGAGAUCUUCCGAUUCCGCCAUAUGGCAUUCAAACGUUUUCAGUCUCAAACAACAAUUUUACUGGACACAUUCCUUCAACAUUUUUCAAUAAUGCAAGUUCCCUCAAUACACUCAUCUUGUCUCACAACCACUUGUCUGGCACCAUUCCUUCAAUGUUUUGCAAUGUAACCUUCCCCCAUGCACUCAUCUUGUCUCACAACCACUUGUCUGGCGUGAUUCCACAAUGCUUGGGAGCGUUUCCUGAUCUCAUGAUUUUGGAUCUUCAAGUGAACAACCUUCAUGGAAACAUACCUACAAAUUUUUCUCAAGACAACAAAUUUCAAACAAUAAAGUUGAACAACAACCAACUGGAGGGUUCGUUACCAAGGUCUUUGUCUAACUGCACAUGGUUGGAAGUUUUGGAUCUUGCAGAGAAUAACAUAGAGGAUGUGUUUCCUAGUUGGCUAGAAGGUCUUCAGGAGUUACAAGUACUCAGUUUAAGAGCAAAUAAGUUUCAUGGUAUCAUCACUAGUUUCGGUGCCAAACAUCCAUUCCCAAAGUUGAGAAUAUUUGAUGUUUCCAACAACAAAUUCAGCGGCCCUUUGCCAACCUCGUUCUUUGAGAAUUUUCAAGGAAUGAAGGAUCUGAGUAAUAGUACUCACCAUCCUCGUGGUUUGUCAUACAUGGAUAGCAGGUUCGGUAGGUUGUACAAUGAUUCUGUAGUGGUUAGUAUCAAAGGUCAGUUCACAGAGCUAGUGAGAAUAUUAACCACUUUUACAACUAUAGACUUGUCAAAUAACAUGUUUGAAGGAGAAAUCCCACAUGUCAUUGGAGAAUUAAGUUCUCUCAUAGGGCUUAACCUUUCUCACAAUAAAAUCAGUGGUAUGAUUCCAAUAACACUGGGAAAUUUGACAAGUUUGGAAUGGUUAGACCUCUCAUGGAACCAACUGAAAGGUGAGAUUCCUAUGGCUUUGACCAAUUUGAAUUUCCUGGCUGUCUUGAACCUUUCUGAAAACCAGUUGAAGGGAAUGAUACCAACAGGAGAACAGUUCAAUACAUUUCAAAAUGAUUCCUACAGAGAAAACCCAAUGCUUUGUGGAUUCCCUUUGUCAAAAUCAUGCAGCAAUGAAGAAGAACAACCACCUUCAGUGUUUCCUGAGGCAAAAGAAUCAUUAUUUGGGUGGAAGUCAGUAGCAGUGGGAUAUGCAUGUGGAGUGGUAUUUGGGAUGUUCCUUGGAAGGUUGUUUAUCAAAACUGCAAAACCCUUAUGGCUUGCCAGACUUCUUUGUGGUUAUACUUAACAAAGCAAGCUCAGGAGAGGCCAUGUAAACUGUAGGAGACUACUGUUGUUAGCUUCAUGUGUUUUGCUUUUUUCUUUUAAUAUUUUUCUGUAAUGAUGUUAGUUUCUCUGUUGGUGGAAUAAAAUAUGUAAUUUCUAUUAAUUAAUGGACCAUGGAUGGGUCAUGUAUUAUCUUUCAUGUGUAUAUUCUUUAUAAAAUGGAUCAUGUAUAUUGUCAGCUUAA